AUGGGAGACACCAUGCUCACUCAAGGCCCCACUACCGAUUUGGCGGCAGUGCAGGCGAACGCGAUUAGUCACCUGCUGAAGCCACAUCUCGCCCAGGUGACUCAGCCAACUGCAAGGCCAGUGGCGGUCAGUCGUGCGCGGACCGGCUCCGGACCUGCUCGCCCAUUGGUCGAGACCGGGCCAGCCCCAGGCACCUGCCCUUUGACAGACAGCGAGGCUGCCUUCGGCUCUACGUCUCGUCGCCGAUGGCGUCCGGCCUGCCUGACCCUCGCUGGGCGCCCGAGUUGCACUUACGUCAGCCCUCCGUUCGGGCUCUCCCCUCGCUCGACUGACACUUCCGACCAGUCAUCGGACUAG